UAAAAAAAAAAGUAAAUAAAAUGUUUAAUUCUUUUUAUUGAAAAAUAUAUAUAUAUAAAAGAGAGUUUUAUAUUCUAAACCCGUGACUUUCUUUAUCAAGUAAUAUGAUAUACUAAUUUUCUUAUUUAUACUAUAUAUGCUCUUCUUCUCCACCUCUCCCAACUCCCAACAAGAAUCACCUUUUCUCUCCACAAACACACACACACACACACACACACACACACACACUGAAUAAAAUCUAGUGGAGUUUGAGGAGCUAUGAAAAACCCCAAUUUCAAUUCUUUAGCUAUAAUCCUCCUCCUUGCUUUCUUCAUCACUACCUCAAAUUCCACUGCCAGAAAAUUGGCAUCAGAACAAGGAGAAGUAGAUGAGAAUAUGACUCACAUCAAACGCAAGGACUCUGUCGUAGAGAUUGGAAAAAUCGACUCUUUUGACAUGGAGGAGUAUCAAAACGACGAAGAUGAAGAUGACUUAAAGAGAAGAGUUACUGCAGAAGCUCACCUUGACUACAUCUACACUCAGCACCUUCAACCUUGAAACAAGUAUAUUUUGUCUAUGGGUAAAGUAAACCAGGCCUUACUUACACUAGCCAAAUUAAUUACAUAAAAUAAUUAAAUAAAUAAAUAAUCUGGUUGAAUUUAUGAAUGUUAAAACCUUGUUGUGAUGAUCUCUAUCGAGUUUCGGUAAUUGUGUUUGAUCUUUAAUU